UCUUCUGCUUUCGUAGCAGCCGCCCGGAAUCGACCCAGCCCGAGCGCCAGCGAGCCUCUGGAUUGUACCAAAUCGGGAAGCGUGGCUUUAUUUAUUCUUCUUUUGAUAGGCGAGAUUCCCAAGUUGGCAGCUCGAGGACUUAGAGUCGUCUAGAGGCCAGAGCCUUCUGCAGAAGUGACUGAUGUAUUUUGCUGAGAUACAAUGGGCCCUUCUGGACCCAUGCCAAAGACCUGUCUACAGGGACAUUGUGCAGGACAAUUUUGGGACUCUACUGUCGCUAGACGGAGGAACCAUGAAUUCAAAUUCACAGCCAGGUGGGCCUGAGGAUGUGCAAAAGCAAGUCCAAGGGCGGUCUGAGGGCUCUGCUUAUGGGGGACAACCUCCAGCUGGGCAGCAGAAUGAAGAGGCAGGGAAAGGAUGGGUCAAGCCACCUCUUUUUCCUCCAGUGACAAAAGACAACACCACUGUCCCACCCCAUGGAAUUCAUAUGGGGCCUGGCCCCAGUCUUUGCAUCCAGUGUGGAGAGAGCCUGGCCCAAACUCGGCAAACCCUUGCCCAAACUCGGCAAACCCUUGCCCAAACUCAGCAAACUCUUGCCCAAACUCAGCAAACCCUUGCCCAGCCUAAGAGAUCUCCCCUCUCUGCUGAUAAGCAAUACCCCUGCUCUGAUUGUGGGAAAAGCUUCGGUGUCAGCUCCCACCUCACAAUUCACCGGAGAACUCACACUGGUGAAAAGCCCUAUGAGUGCAAUGACUGUGGAAAAAGUUUCAGCCAGAGCUCCACACUUGUCCUCCACCGGCGCAUCCAUACAGGAGAGAAGCCAUACAAGUGCACAGAUUGUGGGAAGAGCUUUUCCGUUAGUUCCCACUUGACCAAACACCAACGAAUCCACACGGGAGAGAAACCAUACGAAUGCCAGGUAUGUGGGAAAAGAUUCAGCCAGAGCUCCACCCUCAUUCUUCACCAGAGGAUCCAUACAGGGGAAAGGCCUUAUAAAUGUGAUGAAUGUGGUAAGACCUUCAGCGUCAAUUCACACCUCACCAUCCACCAGAGAAUCCACACAGGAGAGAAACCAUUCCGUUGCAUGGAAUGUGGGAAGAGUUUCCGACAAAGGUCUGGUCUUAGCACACAUCAGAAAACUCACAUGAUGCUUGUGAGACCUUAUAAAUGCCCAUCUUAGAAAGCCUAUCUGCAAGUACCACCAAAAUUCUCUAUCUCACACACACACACACACACACACACACUCAGACAAAGAGUAAAAAAAAAACAAAUUGGCAUAACAAUUUUGUACUGGGAAAGGCAGACUUCAGGAACUCAGUUUAGAUUUUUAUAAUUA